AUGUGCAUGUGCUAUGUAGUCUUAUUACUUUUAUUAACAAAAUCCCAGAGUACUCUCGGUAGGUUCAGUAAGUCGACGGGUCGCUUGGUGAACAGUUCCGUGGCGGACAACAGGAGUUCGCAGACGUUGCCUAGACAUCUCCACAAGCAGAGCGACUCGCCUUCCAAGUUGGGUACUCGAUCUAACAGCACCAUCAACAUCUCCAUCAUCAACACGCCGAGGAAGCUGGAAGGACCUGCGAAGCCUGCUCGAACGUACAAGUCGAACUUAUCCAGGAGUCAGAGUUUCAACGUCCAAGCUGGUUUGGAGACUCAGAGAAACAACAUGUACACGAGCAACCCGCAUCUCAACAAGUUGGAAGACUCGGGGAUCGGGCUGAAGAGUCCUGGACUGAUCUCGAGCCUGAAUAGGAGCCACAAGGACUUGAACGGCGACGAUAUAUACACUUCCCGUUUCGCGAGAAACGGUACCAGUGACUACGUGGACUCCAAGAGAGGGUUCUUGUCCAGUUUCAGAGAGAAGACUCCUGAGUACUGGAAGCCAAACACCUACAGUACACCUGUGAGAAAUGGUAAGGGGUAUAGCAAUGGGAACAUUUAUGAGCCACCAACGAGGCUUAGAGGACAGCCUGUCGCCCAGCCAGUCCAUUGUACGAAGAGGCAGCAGCUCCAGUACAGACUUUUUCUGAAACGUACCACACCACCACCAGAAAUGACGAUCCAGUCCGACCGAGCAUCACCGAUACGACCAAGAGCUUUCUAAGAAAACCAUACCGUCCAAAGAUGGAAAAUCGGUAGAAAACCAUCCAGUCUAGUGAGUUGAAAUCGGUCACCAAGAGUCACUUCAGGGGAAGUACCCCGACAAGGAACUACUACGAAGAAAGAAGAUAUAACUCUGGAACCACCAAUCCGGUUGAUGAUCGAAGUGAGAAAUUACAGGAAUAGAAACUUGCGCCAGUUUGAUGUGUGUUUUUUUUUGUGUGGAAUUCAAUGUGUUGUCUUCGUAUCCUAGUGCCAUCACAAUAUGGUGAUACAAUUAGUACAGUUUGAUCAACGUCAAACUGUAUUUUAUAUUCACUUCGGCCUGGUGUUUUUCAAUUAUCUUUUGUUCUGCCACAAAUUAUUAACCGAAUCGUUAGAUUAGUUGUUAUUCUAAACCUCUUAAUUAUCUUGAGAGCACUGAAAAAAAACCUCAUGGGUUCUGUCAAAAAUUUUCCCUAAGGCGUUCAUUCUAAAGAUGCAUUUGUCAUUUUUGCAAAAAAAAGAAGAUACACUACUACUUUUGAUUUUAAACAAAUAUAAGAACAUCUGUGAGCCAAUACAUCAAUUUUACUUGAAAGCUUUAUGGGUAAUCUAAAUCUAGUGAGCAAAUUCGUGUGUCGAAAGAUAUACAAAAAUAUGAAGGUUCAAUCUAAGUUUUUUGCACAUGACUGUAACUUUUGUUAGUCCUAGGUGUACAUCACUGUUUGCUAGGAAAGAAUCGAAGAGUUUUUUAUUUUACCCAAAUAAUACCCAUCUGUCACUUAGAGUGUAGAAUGAUGAUCUAUGUGCCUAUAUUUCUUAUAGUACUUCUAAUUUUAACGUUUUAUAUUUAUGUGUUGCUACACAAAAAUCUCUGACUAAAAUUGAUUAUUGUAUAUAUUAGUCCUUUUAAAAAAUGCAAUAACGACUUUGUCAUAUUUUUAAUAUAUUCUGAUAACUC